AUGUCUUCUUCUUUCUUUCUCUCUUUUCCCUUUCUCUUUUCUCCUUCUUUUCUUCUUUCUUUUCUUCUCUCUUUCCCUUUCUCUUUUCUCGCCCUUUCAUAUCUUCUUUCUUUUCCUCUCUUUCCCUUUCUCUUUUCUCGCCCUUUACAUCUUCUUUCUUUCCCUCUCUUUCCCUUUCUCUUUUCUCGCCCUUCAUAUCUUCUUUCUUUUCCUCUCUUUCACUUUCUCUUUUCUCGCCCUUUCAAUUUUCUUUCUUUUUCCUCUCUUUCCUUUCUCUUUUCUCGCCCUUCAUUUCUUCCUUUCCUCUCUUUCCCUUUCUCUUUUCUUUAUUUUUUUCUUCUUUCUUUCUUUCUUUCCUUUCUCUUUUCUCUUUUCAUAUCUUUCUUUUUCCUCUCUUUCCCUUUCUCUUUUCUCGCCCUUCAUAUCUUCUUUCUUUUCCUCUCUUUCCCUUUCUCUUUUCUCGCCCUUCAUAUCUUCUUGCUUUCCCUCUCUUUCACUUUCUCUUUUCUCGCCCUUUACAUCUUCUUUCUUUCCCUCUCUUUCCCUUUCUCUUUUCUCGCUAAAAUCUUUCUUUCUUUCUCUCUUUUCCCUUUCUCUUUUCUCCCUUCAUAUCUUCUUUCUUUUCCUCUCUUUCCCUUUCUCUUUCUUUUUUACAUCUUCUUUCUUUCCUCUCUUUCCCUUUCUCUCUUUUCGUCUUCAUAUCUUCUUUUUUCCUCUCUUUCCCUUUCUUUUUCUUUUUCUUUCUUUCCUCUCUUUCCCUUUCUCUUUUCUCGGCCUUCUAUCUUCUUUCUUUCCCUCUCUUUCUUUCUCUUUCUCUUUUCUCUUUAUUCCUUCACAUCUUCUUUCUUUUCCUUUUCUUUCCUUUUCUCUUUUCUCGCCCUUUUUAUUUUCUUUCCUCUCUUUCCCUUUCUCUUUUCUCGCCCUUCAUAUCUUCUUUCUUUUCCUCUCUUUCCCUUUCUCUUUUCUCGCCCUUCAUAUCUUCUUUCUUUUCCUCUCUUUCCCUUUCUCUUUUCUCGCCCUUCAUAUCUUCUUUCUUUUCCUCUCUUUCCUUUUCUCUUUUUCUAA